AUGUCAAUUCAGCAGUGGGUGACGCCCCUCGAGGGUCUGGAUAGUCUCCGGCAGACUGAGGCGCCAAUGGUCUCUCCAGGAUCUGGCGAGGUGUUGGUGGAGGUUCGUGCUGUGUCGCUCAAUUAUCGGGAUGUGGAAGUGACCAAGGGAGAAUACAAACACCACAAAUCUGCCGAGCAGAAUGCUACUAUCGUGCCUUGCUCCGAUAUGUGCGGUGUCGUGGUGCAGAUUGGUUCUGGUGUAACCCGCUGGACUGUGGGAGAUCGUGUCUUGUCAACUUUCCUACCUGAACAUCAGACCGGCCAAGUGACUGAGAAGGAAUUGGCGGGUAGUAUUGGUCUCCCGUUGAACGGGGUACUGGCCACGCACCGAGUUUUCCCCGAGUAUGCGCUUGUCCAGGCGCCGAGCUACAUGUCGGACGAAGAGGCGUGUACGCUGCCUAUUGCGGCUGUCACGGCUUGGAUGUCUAUUAAUGGGAUGCGGCCGAUGGGACAGAAUGGGGGUCGGGAUGAGUACAUUCUGCUUCAGGGGACUGGUGGUGUGGCUAUUGCUGGAUUGCAGAUUGCCAAGGCUUCUGGUGCUAAAGCUAUCAUUACGUCCUCAUCCGAUGCAAAGCUGGAACAAGCAAAGCAGCUUGGCGCCGACUUUACCAUCAACUACCGCACCACGCCCAAUUGGGAGGAGAAAGUUAUGGAAUUCACCCAGAACCAUGGUGCAGAUAUCAUCCUCGAAACCGGCGGUGCUCAGACCCUGCGAAAGAGCUUUGAUUGCAUCACCUUCGGUGGUCUGAUCGAUUGCAUCGGCUACGUCUCGGGUAAAGUGGACGCCGAGGAGGAUCGGUUGAACGUGAAUCUCCUGGCUCUGCGUCGGACGGUGACUCUGAAGGGAAUCAUCAAUGGCCCGAAGGAUCGGUUUGAGGAGAUGAUUUCGUUCUAUGAGGCGAAGCAGAUUCGUCCUGUGGUUAACCGGGUGUUUUCCUUUGCCGAGGCGAAGGAGGCGUUCAAGUUCCUGGAGAGUGGGAGCCACUUUGGCAAAGUGGUGAUCAAGGUGAAGGUAUAG